AUGCCUUCGAUGUUUGAGAAAGCCAGUACGGCCUUCCGCGGCAACAGCAAAGAUGGCGAGGCUGGGAAGCACGAGCAGGAAGGCGAGUCGCUGACAACGAUUCUGGAGACCGACGAGGACCGCGGCGCGCUGACACUGCUCAUCUGUGACAUCACCGAGGCCAUGCGCAAGCAGCUCCUCGACACCUUUGACCCCAAGGAAACUGGAUCCCAGGAGGACGACGUUGCUGCGACAGUCAAAGACGGCAAUGGCGAUUCAGUUGACGCGGAGAAAGCUGGCGAGGAUGCACAGGGAAGCGAGCAGGAGCGGAAGACUAUAGAGAAGCAGAAAAGCGGCCUGGCGAAGCGGGAGAAGGAGGUCAGUGACGAGAAGAUGGCCGCUUUGAAGGCGGCCGCUCUAAAUUUCUUCGACGAUUGGCGAGACAGCGUCAUCCUCCGGGUCGGCGAAGUUGUCAACUCCAAGAAGACAGCGGAGGACCAGUCGAAGCAGCACUCAAAGCCAGAAACCGCCAGCUCGGGAUCCGGACCAGCGUUAGAGGGUAUCCAGAAGAGCGAACUUGACAACAAGAUCGACGAAGCACUCGUCAAAUUUUACCCACCGAUUGAGACGCCGCUACGCAAGAUGGACAAGGAGAAGAGGGUCCUGGUUCUGCAUUCGGCUCUACUCCUGAUGCUCAGCCUGGAGCACUACCGGGCACACUCACGGACACUUUUGCUGUACCUCACUACUAGCCUAGGGCUUUCAGUCACCAUCUUCUCGGACGACGAAAGCAAGAUUGCCCAGGGACUCUUGGCUGCUGCAGAGCAGAUGUCAGCCGACGAGGAAACGAAGAAGCGAGCAGACGAUAACCGCACUGCUCGACGAUGGAAGAUGGGAGCAGCUGGCGUCGCUGGUGCAGCUCUCAUAGGCAUCACGGGUGGACUCGCAGCACCCUUCUUAGCAGCCGGAGUUGGGACCGUGCUGGGUGGCAUCGGUCUCGGCGCGACUGCUACCGCUGGGUAUCUUGGGGCUCUGGCCGGAAGUGGUGUGCUCGUGGGCAGCCUCUUCGGAGCUUACGGCGCGAAGAUGACCAGCAAUGCUAUGGAAAGGUACACCAGAGACGUCCAGGACUUCGCGUUCGUGCCUGUGCGUAAACAAGGCAAGAGCGAGGGUGACUCCCACCGACUACGGGUUGCCAUCGGUAUAUCUGGCUGGCUCAGCAACGAAGACGAGAUCGUCGCGCCUUGGAAAGUCAUCGGCCCAGGUCAAGAAUCUUUCGCUCUCCGGUACGAACUCGAGGCCUUGGUGAGCCUCGGCAACUCCCUCAGGACGUUGAUCACUUCGGUCGCAUGGAAAGUUGCGCGCACGGAGAUCAUCAAGCGUACCGUCUUUGCGGCAUUGAUGGCUGGAUUAUGGCCGAUAUCCCUCACCAAUGCCGGUCGCAUCAUCGACAACCCGUGGAGUGUCGCCAACCAGCGAGCACAGAAAGCUGGCGAAGUGCUUGCAGAUGCUCUCAUCAACAAGGCCCAGGGCGAACGACCAGUCACGCUCAUCGGGUAUUCGCUCGGUGCCAAAGUCAUAUACUUCUGCCUGCAGGAGCUAGCCCGACGCCACGCCUUCGGCCUCAUUGAGAAUGCCGUCCUGCUCGGAGCACCUACCCCGUGUAGUUCAGCGGAAUGGCGCCGCGUCCGAUCUGUAGUGACCGGUCGGGUUGUCAACGCCUACAGCACCGAAGACUACAUCCUGGCCUUCUUAUACCGGAGUAGCGGCCUCCAAUAUGGCGUUGCGGGACUGCAGCCCAUCCUCAACGUCAAAGGCGUCGAGAACGUCAACAUCUCCGACCUGGUCGAGGGGCACACAUUGUACCGGCACGCCGCCGGGCCCAUCUUCAAGCGCAUUGGGUUUGAAGAUAUUGAUGUACAUGAGCUCAAGCACGAAGAACGCAAGCUCCAGAACCAGGAGGAGGAUGAGAGAGAACAGCGCGAAGCUGCUGGUGGGAAGCCCCGGUCGGCUGACGCCGACGCUGUGAACAAGGGGGUUGGCGAGGACGAGGUUCAGAAGAUGGAGGAGGACGUUGGGCGGAAGAACGAGCAGGGCGGUAUCAGUCGCAUGAUGGAGAAGGUGAAUAUCAAGGGCAACGCUUCGGAAAAGUCAUAG